AACGGACAAGCGAGGACGACCGGCUCUUCGGCGCUAAGCUGGCUUUAUAGGAAAGUGGCUUAGAGCCACAUUUGCAUGACAAAGCCAUUUACGUGUAGCUCAUCAAUAAGGCAGGCUCCAGGCUCCAUUUAUUCUCCCUUUGCUCUUGCGCGUGGAUCACGCGCACCCAUGAAAGGUAGCGACGGGGAUUUUGGCGCAGUGCGGCGGCGGCUCGGCGAGGGGAAGGGCGAGUCGCCGCUGCCGGAGCGGGGGGGAUCCGUGGGGCUCCGCCGCUCCGCCGCCAUGGCGGGCGCGGUCGCGGCCCCGGCCCCGGCCCCGGCCGACGAAGAGGAAGAGGAGGCGGCUUCGAUCGUGGCGGGCGACCGGCCGCCCCUCUCGGCGGCGCAGCUGGCGAGGAUCGAGCGGAACCGGCAGCGGGCGCUGGCACUGCGGCAGGCGCGGCUGGCGGCCCGGCCCUACCCUGCCGCAGGCGGCGGGCGGGCGCGGGCCCCCCCCAAGGUCGUGGACACGGGAGGGGGCUUCUUCGCGAAGGAGGAAGACCUCUGCGCCACCGAGAAAAUCGUGCAUCCUCCCGCACCCGUACUAGCAUUUGACUAUCUCAUCUGUGGAGACUGUGGCAAAGAUUUCAUGGACUCCUAUCUUAUGCAGCACUUUGAUUGGGCAACAUGUGAUAAUUGCAGAGAUGCUGAAGAUAAACAUAAGCUUAUAACAAGGACAGAAGCAAAAGAAGAGUUUCUUCUUAAAGACUGUGACUUAGACAAGAGGGAACCAGUGCUCAGAUUCAUUCUGAAGAAAAACCGUCAUAAUGCACAAUGGGGUGACAUGAAACUUUAUUUAAAGCCACAGGUAAUAAAGCGUUCCCUUGAAGUCUGGGGUAGUGAAGAGUCAUUGCAAGAAGCAAAGGAACUCCGCCGUGAGAGCAGAGAGAAGAUGAAACAGAAGAAGUUUGAUAAGAAAGUUAAAGAAAUGCACCGUGCUGUGAGGAGUAGUUUGUGGAAGAAAAAACCUAGUUUCCAUGAACAUGAGUAUGGACCAGAAGAAAACAUUGAUGAAGAUACAUAUAAAAAGACGUGUACUGUAUGUGGCCAUGAAUUAACUUAUGAGAAGAUGUAGUGUUAAUAUUUUUUCUAUUUAAUUAUGUUUUGAAUUGUAUUUUAUAUUAAAUAAAUGCUAAUUAUGAACAA